AUAGCUCCCCAAUUUCCUCACGAUGCUGAGUUGGCACCGGUCGAAAAUCUCAUGAGAAAUUUCUUUUCCCGAGACUCGAACCAGCGCGCAUUCCGUAUCACCGGUCCGAAGCAUGAUGCCUCAGACCUUGUGGCUAUGGCGCUGGACACUUUGUGUUUGUUACUCCCCAUAUAUUUCCUUAAAUGUGUAUAAGAAAUUAAUCCAAAUUCAUUGACAAUUGACGUUAUUUUGGUGUAUUUUAUUUAAAACCAAAUUCCAGACCUUAUUUCAUUUUCCUUUACAGGUGCUUUUGACAUUUUAAUCUAUAGAAAGGGUCAAAAUGGUUCCCCUUUUUAAUUUUUUUUAGAGAUAGGCAUUUGAUGUUCACGUGAUUAUUUUGUUUUUUUAUGGAACUACGUUUUUAAUACAUGUUUUAAUGAAUUUUUUAAAAGUAUACAUAAAAUAGUGCCUGAAUAAGCUACAUGGACAUGAUUAGUAAUACAUUUGUUUGACUACCGGAGUUGGCUAAUAUUUUUUUUCAAUCAACAUGUCUUACGAGCUGCGUUGCAGAAACUGAUUCUAUUAUUUUUGUCUACUAUAUUUCACAGUUGUGUAAGUGGGCAAAGACUGAUCCUUUUCUAGAAUUACGAAGGGGUCUGAAAAGUAAGGUAACAGUUUUUUUCUGAGAAGCCAGAUUGGUCCAGGGGGAGAGGUCAGACUGAGACAGGUACCCUGGUCCUCCAGGCUGGGGGUUGAUCACAAGUGUAACAACCUUGCGCUGUAAAAAGGAAGAUGUUUCGAAACCUCGACCAAAGCCUCGAACAGACGAAUCUAACAGGACCGAAUGGAAGAGGAGAAUUGAGGAGGCCAUGGACUGAAUAUGGACCGGAGAGCCAUAGAAGAAGAAGAAGAAGAUAUUUCCAAAAGUUAGCCAGAUCACAAUAAGAUGUGGAAUAAUUUAUAUUAAUACAUGUAUGCAAUUACAAUUUGUACAGUUUUAAUACUUUCACAUUAUAAAAGCAAAUGGUUCACUUUAUGUGAUAUGUCGCAAUAAAUACACCCAUUACAGGUAAGAAUAGAUAAACUGUUCUGCCCCUUUUAUACCAUAAUGAGUGUUUGAGACUUGCAGGAUUUGAGGUUCUCAGAGUGGUGAGAAUAAAGAUGGCUUUACUCUGGGUUAUAGCACUGAAAUCUGGUAGAAUUUUACAUAUUUAUCCGAUCUCUUUUUGCUGCUGCCUUGAUCAGGGGGGUGAGUCAUUGCCCUGAUGAUUAUUUUUGUAACAUUAUGACGUAUUUGUGUUCAUUAGCAGAGUAAAAGGAGAGUGUUUAACAUUUCUGAACCCACCAGCAUCCUACUUUAUUUUUAUUCCGAACAUGAAUGUAGGAUGAUAGGUGGUUUUAGUUUACGUCAAUGCCAUGUGCUUAGUUGAUUCUGAAGACGGUUGGCAAGGAGGUUUUAUGCCUAAGUUUUGGCUAUACUGUGUUGCCUUGUUGUUAGUACUAAAGCGUGGAGUUUCCUUUUCAACCUUUACAAGGUUGAAGUGGCUUAUCUGCUGUCUAUUGUGUUCUGUAUCAGCCUGUUGGUUGACACAGUGAAUGGUACCAUCACCUUUAAGGUUUUCCUGCAAGUCAUGGAGCCCAGCCUCGAAGUCAUUCGAGACUAAUGCUGGAUGACAUUGGUGUACGAGCAGAAUAUGUCAUGGGUCACAACGGUGCAGCCAUCAUGGCUGGUCGGCGAACUACAUCUGGAUAGACGCAGAUGACAAAGUUCCUCGCCAUGAAUUCGUCCGUGGAAAACAUCAUCUCCAGUAAGGUUGAUGUAGGCGUCGGAAUCUUGACGGAAAUCCCCGAAGUCCACGCCGUGACGCGAUGCUGAGGAGAGGGUAGACGACCAGUUGCGACCUGGCGUGGUGAUCGGUUGGCUGUCACUGCGUCAUCUCUCACCUCGAAAUUCUUCUCGUAUCACAUCGCAGGCGCUCUGUGAUCUGAUACAAAAAGAUGGUGAGGCCAUGUUACCUGUAAGUUUCACGGCCUGAGCAGAGACUCCAGGCUCUAUGAAGAUUAAAUUUUCGACUCCUGACAGCGGGCCAACCUGCCAGCAUUUGAAAAGGCAAAAGAAUAUUGACGGAGACGCCAUGGUGUGACGUAAUGACACCUGUUAAUGUGACGGCGACGGAGGCUGAGCCCCUGCUUAGCGCCGAGUUCCUGGUUCUACUGUCGCUCUAUGGCGUUGUGCUGGUGGUCGGCGUCGUGGGAAAUUCGAUGGUGGCUGUGGUCAUGUGCACCCAACAGACCGCUCGUAUGAGGAACAACCUCAUGUUAAGUGUGUGCGUGUCUGAUCUCUUGGUGUGCGCACUGAGUGGACCGCUGGCUGCAGCAUCCAACACAUACCACAGCGUCUGGAUGUUGAGUCACAUCGCCUGUAAGCUAACAGCCUUCUUACAGAUUCUGCCAGUGACCGCGAGUCUCCUGUCUCUCACUGCCCUGUCCCUUGACCGCUAUGCGUCAGUGAAACACCCUCGUUCUUUCACCCAGCUGAGACCUCCGAGCCACGCGAUGGUCAUCACGAUGAUCUGUGUAUGGGGUGGGGCAGCUCUGACCUCGUCGCCAGUGGUCGUCGUCAACUUUGCGGGUACCGGAGGGCAAUGCGAGGAGACGUGGUCUUCUCCGAUGUGGCGUACGUCUUUUACGAUCUGCCACUUGGGGCUCGUGUACCUGGCGCCUUGUCUCACUGUCGCCGUGUGUCACUUCGCCGUGGGUCACAAACUCUGCGAGGUCUCACUUACGGCAGCAGCUGCCCGAGGUCAACUUCCGCUGCCAAUGCCAAUCCUACGUAGACCCAAACACGUCAUUAUUGUAGCGUCCCUAGCGAAUGAUGCCCCGUCCAAGGUGAUACCGUACCGAGGUGGAGACUUGCAAGAUGAUGACGAUUCUUCAGAAAAUGAAGAUCUCGCACUACAGAUCCGUGCGGAUCUGGAUGAUCUAAGACCCCGAUUUUCAACGCAGAGAAAACUAAGUCAGAUUCAGAGACGCGAAGGAGGACCCGUGAAGCUGAACAAAUUACAAAGGGCCACUCGCUCCGAGCGUAGCAUUGUUCGCGCCAACCGACGACUCCGACGCCCACCGCCGCCUUGUCCUAGGCCGCCUCUUGUCAAGACGGCCAGCAGACAGUCCCUUCACAGUCGCCGUCACCUGGCCAACAUGCUCGCUUUUCAGGUGGCCAUCUUGGCGGUGUGCUGGUUGCCGUACGUCGGGUGUGCGCUCUGCGUGGAGCUGUGCCCCUCCUCCGACAUGGAGACAGCAAGUUCCCUGCUUCCAUUUUGCUUGUUGCUGGGUCACGCACACUCCGCCAUCAACCCGGCACUGUAUUGGCUUCUCAACAGGCAGUCACUCCAGUUACCCGGUUGUGUUGGUUCACAGCAUCGCCUGCUAUCCGGAAAACUCCGGAUAUUCCGGCUACCGGACUUUCACCGCAAUUCUGCCGCAGCUGCCCCUUCGUCAACCAAUGAGGCCGCACUUGGACCUUUCCACCCGAGAUAUAUCAACUUCAGACAACCUCAACCACAGCGUUUCCCCACCUCACACUUCCUACAGUAGUGAGACAUGAAUAAAUGGUCUUGUUCGUCCUAAUGAUACCUCGAGGCAACUUCCUAAUAAAUAUCAUUGUUGUGUUUAGUCGAAUGAUUAGUGUUUGGAGUUACAAAAAUUCUCCCUGUACCUUCACGACGCCCGUCUGUUCGAAAUACGGACAGAGCUAGAACGGAUGAACACGUUUUCAUGUAGACUUGGUGGACAUUUUUUGUAAAAUUCGUUGACAUUCCCAUUGCACUUGACAAAAUUACGUAAACGUGACGCUGGGGGCAUAUCGAACGUAACUCGCUCCAUGUGUCAGUACGAAACAUUCUUCAAAUAAGAACACGAAAAUAUUUAUUUUCUAACAAAUAUAUUGAUAUUACGUAAUAGUACUCAUUUUUCACGAUAAUCUACGAUUGGUGAUAUAUAAAUAACUAGCAGCGUGUCCACAGUGUUUCUGUAUCGAAAUCUGACAAAUACUUACAUUUACUAUCGAUACUUGGAAGCGUAUCGAUGAUUCGAUACUUACUUAUAUCGAAAUCUGACAAAUGCUUACGUUUACUAUCGAUACUUGGAAGCGUAUCGAUGAUUCGAUACUUACUUAUAUCGAAAUCUGACAAAUGCUUACGUUUACUAUCGAUACUUGGAAGCGUAUCGAUGAAUCGAUACUUACUUAUGAUCGAACAUCGUGGAAAAAAAAAUUAUCUUCCGUAAACUUACGAAUCUUUGUCGUUACAUUGUCAUCAGCACUGACGAGUUUCGAAGAUUUGGUCAGAAUUUUACCCGUCCCUGUCGCAUGAAUAUAAGUACCACUUGGGCUCAUUCUACCUUCUCAGGUUAUUUUAGGUUACUCAGACUGUAUUAGUGAUAUUCUUGAAAUAAAUAAUGUUUCUCGUGGA